GAAUAUUCUGUUUCUUUUAUACAUAUAAAUAUUGCUAAUAGUAUUAAAAUCACAUAACAAUUGAAAUCAAACAUAUUAUAUAAGCCGAGUAUUUCAAAUAUAUUUGUUUAUGUUCUAAGAGGGAAUUAUUGUUGAACAUGUCAAAUUCAAAUAAUGAAAACUUUCAAAAUUUCAAAGAUAAUCUUCUAAAAAAAGAAAGCAUAUUUUUAGAAAUAGUGUGUUCUACUUUGGAGCCAGUAGUGAAGGACUUACUUAAGCUCUUCUCAGAGUUCUCUAAUCCACCUGCUUACCUUGGAUUGGACAGCGACUUGACAAGGCUUAUGCGGGAAACAAAAUCACUCAAAGAAAAUGUGGAAGCUAUGAUUGGUGUUCAACAAACUACAAAACAAGCGAUGGAGCUGCUGCACGCCGAGUGCGAGGGCAUCAAGCAGAAGUACCGGCAGCUGCAGCUGGAGUGGAGCAGCCAGCAGGAGCACCUGGGCAAGAUGCAGUCGGAGCUGUACCGCCUGCGCGGCCAGAUACAGCUGCAGAGCCAGUUCUGCGCCUCGCUGGGCUCCGUCACGGGCAACCUGCUGUGGAAGUGCUCGCGCCUGCCGCCCGUCAUCGACCUGCUGCUGUCCGGGAACAAGCUGGUGGACUUCCUGAGCCUCGUGAGCGGGUCCCUGCAGUCCUUCCUGGAGACGUACGGCGGGGACCUGCCCCCCACCGGCUCCGACGAGUGCCAGUUCAUCAUGUCGCUGUGCGGCAUCGUGACCAACGUGGCGGCGGCGGCGGCCGGGCGCCAGUUCCUGGCGACCAGCGAGCGCGGCCGGGAGCUGCUGGGGCAGGUGGUGGCGGUGCUGCCACGCAUCCCGGUGCCGGCCGGCAACUGCUUCAAGAGGUUGCUGCUGAUGACGCUGUACAACGUGAGCAUCAACCAGUGCGGGCUGGCGUUCCUGCAGGAGAGCCCGCAGCUGCUGGCGGCCCUGAGCCACGGCCUGCAGCACGACACCUCGCCCGAGCUCAAGGUCAUGGCCCUGCGCGUGCUGCAGUCGCUGUCCUGGGAGGUCAAGGACAGCGCCCGGCUCCAGCAGAUGGAGCAGCAGCUGCCGCUGUCGCUGAUCGAGGGCCUGUCGCGCGGUGGCUCCGUGGACGAGCGCAGCAUCGCCCAGGACGUGCUGGCCCGGCUGGAGGCGGCCCGCGCGACCCUCGCGCGGCCCAAGCUGUCGGGAGACGCGCAGGGCAGCCACUACGGCCGCCUCGCGCCCGCGUGCACCCCGCUCACCAGCACCACCAGCAAGUCGCUCUUCUGAGUCGCCCGCUGCUCGCGUCACCUGUUGUGCCCGACUAGAACCAGUUUUCAAAUUCAUCGUGGAAAGUAGUUGUGUCGGAGCUUGAGGAUGCAAGAGACUCACCAGUAUAAGGUGUUUUGUGGAUAUAUUUUACUGAUUCGACUGUAUUUUUAUCAUUUAGUUAAUGCUAAUAAAUAACAUAGCAAAAUA